AUGACACAAACGCUGACGACGCGCAACUUGUUGGAAUCGCGAUUGCGAGCCGGCGGCCGCUCGCGGACCUCAUCGGCCGCCAAGGCGAAAUCGGCAAACUCGCUCAAGAAGGUGUCGAAAGGUGGUCGCAAGUCGAGUAAAUCGAGAUCUCGAAAACGAUCAAAGAAGCCGAAAAAUAAUGGAUUGUUCGCGUGUUGCGCGAAGAAGAAGAAGAAGGCGUCGAAACGCGGAAGGAAGGGUUCGAAGUCGCGCGGCAAGAAGUCGCAUAAAGGUGUCAAGUCGAAGAGUCGACGAGGAGGAUCGAAAAGUUCGACCAAAUCGACAAAGAGUUUAAGGAAUCAAGCAACGAAUUCCCAGCGCGCUCCGAGAUCGCAAAAGUCGAAGCGCGAAACUCAACAAUUACUUCCAAAAGUCACUCUUCCUUCAGAACCUCAGCCAACCGCAAAAAUCUCGCCGUCAGUUCCGCGAGCUCAAACUCCAAUUCGACCGAUUGCAGAAAAAAUUUCACCAAAGAAGGAAAAAUCGCUUAUCGCUCCUCAGCCGCCAAAAGAGCUCGACACUCACACACCGCCGCACGCGCAGAAACUUCAGAAAGACGACAAUAAUCCGCCAAGUGAUAAAUCUGAAACAAAAGUCGCUAAGAAGGAGAAGAAGCCAAAAGAUUUCGAUACUCACGGCUCCAUCGAGCUCGAUGAAAAGGAGAUUCAGUAUCCUGCUCAAAAGUUCACCAUCUCGCAAUAUGUCGAGAACAACACAAGAGUUCGCCGUUGGGUUUAUGAAGAUGUCACUCCUCUUACAAUGCAUUCCAAUAUGAAGCACAUGUUGGAGCUGGCCAAUUCAAAGAUUCUUGCAUGCCGAUCCGAGAAAGAGAAGCGCGAUGAUCUAAUGAGAGGACUUGAUCAGCUCAGCUCAAUCUGUGAGGAACGCUUUUAA